CCCCUCUGGUCUAUAUAUAAGAGUGGAUGGCUGCCUUGUGUUUCACACUGACAGAGGGAAUGAAUGCAGGUUGUACCAUGCACAGGGCCACCAUGACCCCUGCUGUGAUCCCCAAAGAAGAGACCCCAGCAUCUACAGGAUGAUUGACAGCUGGUCCUCCUGAACCCCAGAAUGCCUGCGGUGCCAGUGGGUGGGGCAUCCUCCUCCCACCCCGUUGUACCUGUUGCCCUCACCUGCUCCUGGCUGCUCCUGCUCUUCCAUGCUGCCUUCGGUCAGAAACCUGCCAAGCUGCCUCUGAUUGGCCGGAAGCCCUUUAUCGCUGCCUGGAAUGCCCCACUGGAUGUGUGCACUAUCAAGUACAACAUUACCGCCAACCUUGAACGCCUCUUCCAUAUCCAUGGGAGCCCACGUGCUGAUUGGACAGGGCAGAAUGUCACAAUCUUCUACGCCAAUCGGCUAGGAUACUACCCCUACUACACUGCACAGGGCAGUGCCAUGCACGGUGGUCUGCCACAGAACUGCAGCCUGGACCUACACCUGCUCAAAGCUUACCAGGACAUCAACCACUUCAUCCCUGCAGAGGAUUUCCGGGGCCUCGCCGUCAUCGACUGGGAGUUCUGGCGGCCUCAGUGGAGCCGUAACUGGCACAAGAAAGAUAUCUACCGUCGUAAGUCAAGGGAGCUGACCAUGAAGGCAUACAUUAAUGUGACUGCAGCACAGGUGGAGGAGCUGGCACGGCGGCGGUUUGAGAAGAGUGCCAAGGCAUUCAUGCAGAGGACUAUCCAGCUGGGGACACGCCUUCGCCCCAGUGCCCUCUGGGGUUUCUACCUCUACCCCGACUGCCACAACUACAACCUGCAUGAGCAGAACUACACAGGCUUUUGCCCCCUGCUGGAGAGGCUGAGGAAUGAUGAGCUGAUGUGGCUUUGGAACAGCAGCACAGCACUAUUUCCGUCUGUGGCCAUCAGGAAAAGUCACACCGACAGCAUCAGCAACCUCCACUUCUCCCAGCACAGGAUUCGAGAGUCACUCCGCAUCGCCUCGCUGACCUCAAAGGAAUAUGACCUUCCCACCUAUGUGUACUUGAGGCUGGGCUACCGAGACGAGGCCCUGGCCUUCCUCACCACAAAAGACUUGAUUCACACCAUUGGGGAGAGCGCUGCUCUGGGAGCUGCAGGAUUUGUCAUCUGGGGGGACCUGAAUCUGACCUCGUCAAGGCAUAACUGCACUACAGUGAAGUCUUUCCUGAGCCACCGCCUGGGUCAGUACAUCACCAACGUGACUCGUGCUGCAGAGGUCUGCAGUGACUUCCUGUGCCAAGGGAAUGGCCGCUGUGUCCGCCGAGAUCCCCGUGCCCCCCAUUACCUCCACCUGAGUGCUGACACCUACCACAUCCAUCCAUCUGGUGAGGGAGACUUUACAGUCACUGGGUGGCACUCGCAGCAUGAACUACAACUGCUGACUGAGAGGUUUCGCUGCCACUGCUAUGAAGGCCACGAGGGCGAAAGCUGCGACAGCAUCAACAAAGUGAGGGAGGACGAACGGCCAUGGAAGGAGGAGAAGGACGAGCAAGAGAGGAAGAGGACAGCGUGGGAGGACGAGCAGGGGGAGAUGUGCGAAGGAACGGAGAAUGUGGCGCCCGCAACUGUCUGCAGACACCACCUGUUGUUGCUGAUGCUCCUGUUGAACUUAUCGCUGGUAAAGAUGGUUGUACGAUAAGCACUUAAAAAUUAGCCAAUUUAAACAAAUCUACAAAAAAGGAACUUUACUUUUCAACACAUGGUCAGUAUGUUUUAUUUCAAAGAGGUCUCUGACUCAAUUUGAACACAGGACACAGCUGCUGUGUAACUUUAUUAUGCCUACAAUAUUGAACCUGUGCUGUAUAACAUUUGUCUCCCCCUACUGGCAGUUAUUCUACAGUUGCUGUUGCUAUAUGCUAAUGAUGUUUGUCAUCACUGAUGAACGCUUUCUUUUAAUCCCGCCAACAAUAUGUUGAGUUUCUUUUAGAUUUGCAUCAUCAGGAUCUUUUCAUGUUCACUUGAAAAGUUUUGCUGUUGUUGUUGUUUUUUUGUUUGUUUGUUUUUUGCCAUUGCAGGAAUGUUGCCACAGACACUACAUUUGAAACUCUGGUAUACUGUGAAAUAUAGAGAGCUUUACCUGACAAACAGGCUUAAUUAGCAUUGUGUGAACUUGUCUGGUUUAAAUGUAACGGCGUUCACUUAUAUGUUAAAGUCAAGCACUCCAGCUUUAAGAUAACUAUUACAGCUACAGCUAGUAUGAACAAAAUAUCAAAAUGAAUAGUGAAAAAAGCCAUAUUAGUGUGAAUAUCAAAUGUAAUCAUUUAAUAUUAAGGUGUCCAAUAACACCAAAUGUUCAUGUUUAGUUGUUCAUAUAAUUCUAUAAACAGCGUAUUUAUUACAAGUCCAAAAACUCAAAGAGAUUCACUUUGCACUGACAAGUCUUAAACCACACUGCAUUAGUUUAAAAAAAGUUAUUAAUCAAUCUAGAAGCAGGAACAUUGGAAUUUGUAGGCCCAGAUAUAGUUUGGGAAAUAAGCCCACUGCAUGAGAGCAAAUUAUUGCUUUGGCACUUAAUUAUUUGCAUAUAAAGUCAACAAACACAACACAAAAUAUUCAUUAACAAGCUCUCCAACUGCUGAUUAGUAGACUGUUUUAUUUGUGGACAGAGGCAGAUUUUUUAUUUUCCCGUUAUCUCAAGUCUUCGUGCUAAGCUAAGCUAACCAGCUGCUUGCAGUAACUUGCUGUUUGAGCAUCUUUUCCUGUAACUCACAUCAGUACCACAAAUAGUUCUAUUUGCCAAACUGUUCUUUUAACAUCCAGCAGAGGUCACUGCUGAUUGGAAGACAGAAGUCUUUAAAAUGAAAAGUGUUGUGUGAAUUACAAACUAAUUGUUUUUCUCUGACAGCUGCUGUGUUGAAAAAUAACGUGGGAAAAAAGAAAAGAAGACACUUCCUUUUCUUUUUAACGGGUGUAAUGGCACUUUACAUGACAACAUGACAACAAUCUGUGCGCCUCUUAGGCCAACAACUGUAUCAAUUCCUCCAUGUGAAUGUUUUUUUUUUUUUUUUUUUUUUUUUUAACAAAUGGUUGAUACUGUUUGUUGAAUGUGGACUGAAUAACCUUCAGCAAAGACAAAUUCUGACAUGAUGAUGGAAGGACCAGAUCAGAGGAAUCGUGUUUUUGUUGAACUUUUAAAGGCUUCAUGGGUCAGUAAAAUGUGGCUCGCAGCAGGGCGAUCCUCCAGUUUGUUUUAUUGCUAAGUUUCUUAAUGAGAACCAAAGGGUGCUAACUCUACCAGUCAUAUGUAGAAAAACACUCACUAAGCUCUAAUGCUUGGUCUGUGGUGUUUUUAGAUAUUCUUUUAAAUAUGUAGUUUAUUUUUAAUGGCAUUUAAGCCUUGUUGAUUUUCUCAACAAUAAGGUGUAAUUUCACUUGACAAUAUAUAUAAAAUAUAUAUAUUUUUUGUACUGUUGUUUGUAUUAUACUCUUAAUGUUAAGCUUCACAAACGUCACAUAAUUGAGCCUACUGGGGCAUGGCAAAAAUGCCAUGACAAAGACAAAAUGUAUCUGUUUUUGUUGAAGUUUUUUUUAUUGUAGGAACAGAUGAUCAGGACGGUUUUGUUCAGAACCAGAAGGAACCUGUUUGUAUUUUUGACCUGCAAAUGUCAUUGUAAAGGCUGAUGUUACCAUAUCUUAAUUUGGAGGGAUCUAAUGAGCAGAUUGGGUUUAGUUGUUGAUUAUAGUUCAUCUCAAUGUGGCUGACAAAUGUUUUUCUCUAGACUUUUGUACAGUACUGUAGCUAUGACAAAACACUGAACAGGAUGUAGCAGAUGACACAUACUGUAUCUGACUCAGAUAGACUCCGUGGUACUGUGGCGCUCCGAGGCCUACUUCUUUUCAAAGUUUGGGGAUUCAUCUUCAGAAAAAAUCUGACUGGAAGUUGGAAGCUGACUUAUGAGUGAAUACACGGCAGAGGUAUUUGUGUCAACAUGGAAUGAACAAAGGCAGUUUUUAAAAACCGGACAUGAAUACAAACCUGAACAGAUCUAAGUCUGGAAUAACUGCCACAAUGCCUCAGACUAGAUUGAAAUUCUUUGGCCUGUUUUGUUGUCCAUCUUAAUUGUCUUUACCUGGACAAUCCAAGCUUAAUCCUAUGAAGCAUCUAACUGGGAGGCCAAAGUUGACAGAACAAUCUCCUGUCAAUGUCUGUUUGCCUCAGUGUUCAUCAGCAGAUAAUGUUUGCUCAUUUCUCAUAAAACUGGAUUUUUUUAAACUAUAUAGACAUAGAUUAAUCCAAGUACUUCUGGGACUUCACUGAUGCUUCCAACCACAUCAGCAUUGAAACAAUCAAAAUGUUAAUUUUCUGACAGGUUGUCUUUGUCCUUAAUGGCUUUCUCUGCCAUUCUAUAGAUCUUAUACUUACAAAACUCUGGGAAUUCAGAUAUGCACAGAAUAAACUUGCCACCAUUUUAAGUAAAAUUGGUGGAUGCCCCUGUUGCUCAACAGGUUGAGUGGACGACCCACAAACAAGGGUUAUAGUCCCAAUACAGCGGUCAUGGGUUCAGGUCUGACCCAAGGUCAUUUACUGCAUGGCUGUAACAUUCCUUCUAACAGUCAAAGUUCAUUUUAUUUUUACCAAGACUGCAAGUUUAGCUAAACUGAACUUAUCUAUGUUUAAGUGAUUGCAGAGCCGACAAUAAAUGCUUCUGAUCUAAUUUUGCAAAUGUUUCAAGAUGAAAUAAUUUUGACUAGCACACAUCUUCAGCUCAUUUUAUGCCUCUCAGAGCAAGUCUUUUUCCACUUGUGUCUUUUUGUUAAUUUUCUGGCCAUCCAUCCAUCCAUCCAUCCAUCCAUCCAUCCAUCCAUCCAUCCAUCCAUCCUCACUAUUGUGAUAGCAGGUUAGACAAGUUAUCCCAGACAAGCUCCUCUUGUGGGAUCCCAGAGGCAUUCCUAGAUCAAAUGUUUAAUCUCUCUCUCUCUCUGCAUUCUGUGUCUGCCCUUGGAUCUCCCAUGAUGUCUGCAUGAAAGGUGCCCACCAUGGAGGGACCCUGACUACAUGCUCAGACCACAUCAACUGGCUCCUUCUGGUGCAAAGGAGCAGCAGCUCUACUCUGAGCUAGCCCUAACCCUUUUACUUCCCCUACAUACAAAUGUGUCACUUCUAAAUUUAAUUUUGCAUUUAGACUGAAUAACAUUUAGAUUCUUAGAUGUCAUUAGACAGAUUUUUUUGUAGCAAACUGCACAUAAAGAGGUCAUUAAAAAGGCCCGUAGUGAAACUGACUGGAUCAGGCCAGCUUGGGAUAAAUUUGUACAUUCAAGUCAGUAUUUAUGCUGCAGUUUGAUCAGUCGACUAAAAUGCAAUCUGCAUUGCUUGUGUAAUCUAACUGUGGACCACAUACUGAAAAGAUGUUAUGUGAAACCAAAUGCAGCUCAGACUUGGAAUUUAAACGUGGUUUGAGUCAGGCCUUCCCAAAGAUGUCUAAUAAUUUGAUUUAAAUAAUAAGAUUUGUAAUGUUGCAUCUGUCAUGACUCUCAAACCAGUGUUCAGGCGAAGUUCAGUAUAAGGAAUUUCACUUUACUGCCUAUGAUGCAGUAUUUGUUUCCUGUACUUACUGUUGUGUGUGUUUGUGUGUGUGUGUUUUUUUUAAUCUUAAGAUUGUAAGCAACAUAUGCAUCAAGGACUAUGCAACACAUGAAAAAUGUUACCUGAAUGUAAAUGCACUACUAAUAAAGACCUGUCUUUGGUCCA